AUGGGAUCAACGAUUGAAGACGCCCGUCCGUCCGUGACGCUCACGCAAGGGACCGUCGUCGGUGUGACACUGACGGACGGCCUCCCCCGGCCGGUCGAGGCGUUCAAGGGCAUCCCGUAUGCGCUCCCACCGACGGGAGACCGCAGGUUCCGCGCGGCGGUCAAGGUCGAGCCCUCGACCGAGACCAUCGACGCCUCGAAAUGGGGCGCCGUCGCCCCCGGCAAGCAGCUCUUCACCGGCCCAUCGUACGAGUAUAGCGAGGACUGCCUGACGGCCAACGUCUUCCGGCCGCCGCGAAGCACCGCCGAGGCCGCCGGGAAGCCGCUGCUGCCCGUCGCCGUGCACAUCCACGGCGGCGCGUUCAACAGGGGCACGGCGAUGAUGCACAACUCGCCCUCGUUCCUGGCUCACUCGGGACAGGAGUUCAUCACCGUCACCUUCAACUACCGCAUUGGCGCGCUGGGAUUCCUCCCGUCCACUAUGAGCUUCGAGGAGGGCGUGCUCAACCUGGGGUUGAAGGACCAGCUCCUCCUGCUGAAGUGGGUGCGCAACAACAUCGCGGCCUUUGGCGGCGACCCCAACAACGUCACCCUCAUUGGAAUUUCGGCUGGAGGACACUCGAUCGGCCACAUCCUGAUGCACGACGAGGGCCAAUACGAUCCGCCCCUCUUCCACAAGGUCGUCCUCGAGUCCGGCGCCCCGACGUCCCGCGCCGUCCGCCCCUACAGCGCCCCCGUUCACGAGGCCCAGUUCGCCGACUUCCUCACCGAGACCGGCUGCCCGCCCGGUCUCUCCGCCGCCGGGACCUUCGCCCACCUCCGCAGCGUGCCCACCGAGGUCGUGCAGAGGGCCCAGAUCGCCGUGUUCGACAAGUACAACCCCUCCCUGCGGUGGGCCUUCCAGCCCGUCAUCGACGGCAACAUCAUCCCCCGGCCCCCAAUGGAGUCCUGGCGGCUCGGCAAGUGGCGCAAGGUCCCCGUCAUGACUGGCUUCAACCGCAACGAGGGGUCCAUCUACAUCAACAAGAAGGUGUCGGCGUCGGACGAGUUCACGCGCUUCUUCGCCGACCUGCUGCCGCUGCUGUCCAAGGAGGACGUCGAGGCCAUCGACAGGCUCUACCCGGACCCCCUCACCGUCGCCGACUCGCCGUACAAGGAGCAGCUCGACGGCACGGGCGCGCAGUACCGCCGCCUCGAGGUCGCCUACGGCCAGUACGCCUACGUCGCGCCCGUCCGGCAGACCGCCGAGCUCGCGUCGCGCGCCUCGCCCGAGCCCGUCUACCUGUACCAGUGGGCGCUCGAGAGCUCCCUCCUCGACCGCGCCCGCCACGGCGAGAACAUGUCCUACGAGACGUGCGAGCCGGCCAAGAUGGACCUCUCGCCCACCCAGCGGGAGCUGUGCCUCACCCUCAACGCCUACCUCACGAGCUUCGUCGUGGCCGGCGACCCCAGCGCCGUCCGCGGCGAGAGCAGCCCCGACAGGCCAGCGUGGGAGAGGUACGUCGCCGACGACCCCAAGGCGAUGGUGUUCGCGGAGGAGAACAAGGAGCUCGUCGGCGGCGCGCCGGGGGCCCCGGCCAGACUGUGCCCCGACACGUGGGCGAGGACCGAGUCGGAGUUCUGGUGGAGCAAGGUCGACCUGUCACAGCAGUGA